AUGUGGGACAAAGGGGAGAGCCAGAAGAGUGGCAGCUCGUGGAGGUUCUGCAGUCUGACAGCGCCCUCUGCUGGCUGUAAAGAGAGUGGGAAAACUCUCUUAAAGGGGAGGUCUGGAACCCGGAAGAGAUGUUUUAAGUCUGUGCGUCCCGCUGCUCUCCUCCUGAGCUCCUGCUCCUCCUGCGGCCUUCUGUCCGGAUCAGACAUGUUCUUAGCUUUUGUUUUAUCGCUCCUUUCACUGGACUUCCCUCGCUGGUCCGCUGCAGCUCAGGCACCAAAUCCCGGGAGUUCAGCCUUGUUCAUGGGGUGCUUCACCCCCAGCAGCAGCAGCAGCCUGUUUGCACCCAGUGGUGGCCGUGACCUUAACCCGGUAACCUGCUCUGUGCGCUGCCUGGAUGAAGGGUACCAGGUUGCAGCGUUGACCUCAGAGGCUUGUUACUGUGGCAACGAGCAACAUGGACUGUUGUUCAGCGAGUGUUUCAACACCUCUGCAGAUGAAGGGACAAAGGAAGUCAGAGGAGGAAGAGGAAGUCUCCUCUCUCUCCCUGUUGGAGGAGACGGACAUGUUGCUCUCUACAGGACUGAGGGACCGUUCCAGCACCGUGUCCGUCGCUCGACACCUGCAGACAGAGUGCAUGCUGGGAAGAGUUUUGUUGUGGAAGUUUCUGGAAACCUGGCUGGACCCCCCACCCAGCCCACAGUGCAGAUCCAUGCAGCACAGAGAGUGUAUCCCACACACACAGACGUGACCCUCCUGGCUGUUUCUGAAGCAGCGGAUCCUGCACAGCUGCUCUGGAUCUUUGGAGACUCGACGUCAGAGAGGACCGCCUCCAGGAACGUCACCAAGAGAUACCGCACACCUGGCAGGUAUGAUGUGUUUGUGGUCCUGUGGAGUGGCCGUUCCUCCGUCUCCUCGGAUGUUUUCCCUCUGGAGGUGCAGAGCGCGGUGCGGCUCAACCGGCUGCUCCACCCGUCCUCCGUCCUGCAGAACCAGGCGCUGAGGCUCAGCUGCCGGGUCACUGCGGGGACAGACGUCUCCUUCCUCUGGAGCUUUGGAGACGGAUCCUCCCGGCCGGGACUCAGCACCGAGCAGCACGUCUUCCACAGGACAGGAGAGUUCAGGGUGGAGGUGACAGUGUUUAAUCUGGUCAGCUCUGCCUCUCUCAGCGCUCACAUCUUUGUUGUGGACCGGCCCUGUCAGCCUCCUCCACUGAAAAACAUGGGACCUCUAAAACUACAGGUGCGGAGACAUGAGGUCAUCCGUCUGGGAGUGACCUAUGAGACGGAGAUAGACUGUGACAUUUCCAGAGGCCUUCACUACACCUGGAGCUUGUUGGACUCUGCAGGACGGGUUUUCUCUCUGCCUCUCGUAGACACGCAAAGACAGAAACUCAAACUGCCCAGCCUCCUGCUGAACUACGACACUUACACUGCUAUAGCCAGGGUCCAGGUGGUUGGCAGUGUGGUGUACAGUAACUACAGCGUGAAGGUGCAGGUGAUGCCGAGCCCUCCUGUGGCCUUCAUCCAGGGCGGCACCAACAUCUUCAUCAACAACAGGAACAACACCGUGGUGAUGCUGGAUGGCACGAAAUCUCACGACCCAGACUUCCCCAUGAACCCCGUCAGCUUCAGUUGGACAUGUAAACCAGUCAGCUCCCUCCCCAGCUCCUGUUUCCAUGACGAUGUUCCCACUUCCUCCUCAGUGCUCGUAUUUCCUUCUGGUUUCCUAAAACACAACUUUGACCAGUUCCAGUUCACGCUCACCGUGCACAGCGGCGAGCGCUCGGCUUCAUCAGAGGUCUUCCUCACGUUCACACCAAAUGUCAUCGGGACAGUGCCAGUUUCCUGCCCUCAGUGCCAUGAAGAGAAGCUGAACUGGGAUCAGCCUUUCUCCGUCAGCGCUGUGUGUGAAGGCUGUGAUACUUCCACAAAAAACAUCCAGUACACCUGGAGCCUGUUCUUAGUCAAUGCAUCAUCCAAACCGGCCAUAGAAGUCCCGUUUUGCUUCACGGUGGAUCUCAGUGCUCCGUCAAACAUCCUGGAGGGUCCUUCUUCCCCGAGGACCUCAACCCAGCCCACACACGCUGUCAAUACCUCCACUACUGCCUCUCUGAGGGAGAAUGUCUCUAUAUUUAUAGACAACAAGCUGAAUCUAAAUGGGACAACUAGCGGAGAAGAGUUAUCUGACGACAACAGAAAGAAGUCAGAGCCCUCGCCCAUCUCCUCUCUCAACAUGAGAACAUCAGGAUCAGGAGAGGAGCCUUUUUAUCACCCUCUGGGGGAGUUUGACCCUCCAAAGCCUUUGUACUCCUCCACUGAAUACCCGCCUCUUGACAACAGUGGCGUCCUUUAUUCAGACCACUUUACCCAGAGCGGUGUUAUCACUGAACUCCCAGUGGAUCCGGACUCUUCUGCUGACUGGGAGUUUCCUUUUCCUCUCCUGGAGAGUGAGGAUGUGGGAGAUCGACCAGAUCCAGAUUACGAUGUUCCUGUGAUGGAGGCAGAGGAAGGAGACCCGGGGAUUUCAGCAGGAAGACCUUCAGGUGUGGACGGAGAGAGCUUCGGUCCAGGAGAUGAUUCAGAGUUUGAUCUCGCGUCACAUGAAGAGGAAGGGAGUAAUCUGGUAGACUCCGGUCCCUCUGUAGUGAAACAGGAGCCAAUCCUGCUCGAUUUACCUCGACAUCCCGUAGACCGAGGCCUUUUUGAGUCCUACACCUACACAGGAGUUUCCGCCCCUUUGCUCAGCUUGAGACCCUUCAGCCUGGCCCCUGGGAGCAGAUACAUGUUGGAGGUCACUGCUAAAUCUCCUAGUAGUGCACUUGGCCGGACUCAGCUGUUCUUCAAAACCAACCCUGCUCCAAAAGGCGUGGCGUGCCAGGUUCAGCCAAUCAGAGGAGUGGAGCUCUACACACACUUCAGCAUCUUCUGCACCUCGGGGAAACAGGAUUUAUUGUAUGAGUACAGCAUCAGUGUAGGAGAUGGGCCUCGGAGGACGCUCUAUGCAGGCAGAGACUUCCAGUACUACUUCAGCCUGCCCUCUGGUGACCCCGCUGAUCAAUACAAAGUAACUAUUUUCACAGAGAUCAGAAGCAGCUCAUAUGGGACGGCCACUAAACCCUGUCCUGUCACCGUGGAAGUCCAACCCAGCUUCUUCAGAGACGCCUCCUCUUCCUCCUCUUCUUCCUCCUCUUCUUCCUCUCACCCUGACCCUGACCUGGAGCUUUCAGGGUCUGGUCUGAGGAACCUGUCGGCUCUGGUGCAUCUUGGCAACAGUUUGGAGGUUCGUAACUACGUCAGCCUCCUGUCGGGCAUCCUGAACCGACUCAGCCUGCACACCGAGGCCAACACACACACGCAGAGACACACACGCAACACACUCAUCCACACAGUGUGUGAGCUGGAGAGCAAUGGACAGGCAUCAAUGGAGGACAACAUCUGCAUUCUCAAAAACCUUUUAGAGGUCACACGUCAGGUGACAAUAGCGAGUGCUAGACGAGUGGCGGCUCACGUUCAGGACGUCUCGCAGCAGUUUUCAGAGUCCGGUGGUCCAGCCUCGUACCGUCUGGAGCAGAAAACCCUCCACAGCCUGCUGUCUCUGCUCUCAUUCAGCCUGCAAACCUCCACUAGUGCUGACAUUACACAGAUGUUAGAUCCAGACCCACGUGAUGAAGCAUCCAGAGGUGGAGGAGGAUCCAUGUCAACAAAGCAGGUGGAGCAUCUGGUAACUGAUAUUCUGCAGGCUGCUUCAGACUUGAUGCUGAAGUUCAUCUUGAUGCACAAAGUCCAGGAGCACAGAGUCAGCACCGGUCUCAUAGCCUUAUACUCAUCCUACCAGAACCAAAGCUCCACAGUGAUCAGCAGUGGGUCGUCCUCCUUCUCCCUGCCCCCCUCCCUGAUCCAGCUUGUUCACGGCAGCAGACCCCGGUGUGUCCUCAGCACUUUAACAGAGCUCCGCCACAGCCCUUUCACCUGGGACCCAUAUCACAGGAGGCUGAGUGGACCUGUGGUGGAGCUGAGUCUGAACCAGUGCAGCUCGAGGAGGAAGAUCCCAGUGCGCUCCCUCAUCGAGCCAAUCAUCAUCCAGCUGAAACAACCAUCAAACAACGAGAGCUCUGAGUGCGAGUACGUCCUCCUGCGCAGCCGGGUCAACCACCACAGCUUCAACCUUACCCAGAAGCACUUGCAGCAGGCCAUCCAGCUGAGUGUGGUGUUCACGCCGCCCAGCAAGCCGUUUCCCAUCAUGCUUCUCUUCAGGAUGUUUGAGAGGCCGACUCCCAGCAUGCACCAUCUGCAGGGGAUUCACACCUGGAAGAGCAACGUCACGCGCUUCACUCUGCCCUCAUCUUACCUCAGUGCUGCAGGUGUUGGUCACGUGGCCCUGCUGGACGCUGAUUUUGGGAAAAGGCCUGGUGCCCCCCCCUUGAGUGAGCAGGUGACCUACAGCCUAUCGGUGGACAGCAGCCUGUGUUUGUCCUGGGAAGGCCAGCAGGGGGCGUGGUCACCCCGCGGCUGCAGGACUCAGCAAACAGACGCCUCUCCUGACGUCACCUGCAGUUGUCACCAGCUGAGGCCGCUGACUGUGGAGCGGCAGCAGAUCCACAGCAGCCAUGAAACAACACACCUGGACCCCUUCCUCAGUGUGCGCAGAGACCUGACGGUGCUGCUGGUGCUGCUGCUGUGUUUGAGCCUCUCCGUCCCGGCGCUGCUGCUGAGUUUCAGAGCUGAUGUCGCCUCAGAGACUCACCGGAGAGUCCACUACCUCUCCGACAACUCCCCGUGUGACCCGUACCUCUAUGCUGUUACCAUCCACACCGCUCUCUGCUCUGCAGCACGUAUGAGUGCAAAGGUGUACAUGGUGCUCAAAGGGGAAGAUGGUUUCUCACAAACAAGAGAACUACAUGUCCCAGGAUGCACUCUGUUCAGGAGGAACUCUCAAGACACCUUUAUCAUCAGUGCAGCCGACAGCCUGGGCCCUGUGUGGGGGGUGCACAUCUGGCACGACAACUCUGGACCCUCCCCGAGCUGGAACAUCAAACACCUGGACGUGUCCGAGGUGAGCAGAGGGCAGCUGAAGGGACGUGCGUGGCUCUUUGUGGCUCAGUGCUGGUUGGCUGUGAACCAAAGUGACGGGCGGGUGGAGAGGAUUCUGGUAAAAUGCACUCGUGGAAUAGGCUUUUAUAAGACGCUGAGUCUCAAGCUAUCAGACUAUUUGGCCGAUUACCACAUCUGGAUAUCUUUGUACAGCUGCCCCUGCCCCAACGCGUUCACACACACUCAGAGACUGUGUGUGAGCCUGCUGCUUCUGCUGGGAUAUGCAUGUGUCAGCACACUGAUCAUAUCACACAUGGAUGAUCAGUUGCCCUUCCAGUUUGGCUGUGUAGAAGCAACAGCUGUUUCUGUGCGGACAGGACUUCUGAGUGUGUGUGUGAUGUUGCCAGCAGCAGCAGUUAUAUCAUUCCUGUUCAGACAGAAAGAGGUUGAGAGAGUUCAACACGCCAAGAGCAGAACAACUGGAAAAUACUUUUUUCAAGAUGAUUUUUCAGUGAGCGGCAGUAUAUCGGAGCCCCAUCUCUCCUGGAGCGUUCUGCAGCUGUGGGCGCAGGACACCUGGAGGAAGAAAUACCAGGGCACAGAUCUGCCUUCAGUGUCCCCUACGAUUCAGGAAAAUAAAAACACGGAUAAAGAACCUGAAAUCACAAAACUUUGCAGUUUGUUGCUCAUUAACGAGGGGGACAAUGCCAAUCACACACCUCCGGGAAAAGAGUUUGGGACGGGGGAUGGAGGACAGGAACCGAGAAGUGUUGAUGGGGGUUCAUCGGACGGCAGCUUGGAGGAGGACGUCCCUCUGAAGGGAGGAGGAUUCAGAUCUCACUGGGGCCUCUACCUGGCCUGGACUUUGUGUCUGCUGAUGUCCCUCUGCUGCCUGGUGCUCUCUGCAGUGCUGGGGAUGAGGUUCAGCAGCAGCAAGGUUCUGCUGUGGAUGCACUCGCUGUUCUUCUCCCUGGUGUUCUGCAUCUUCAUCAUCCAGCCAGCCCUGAUAUCUGCAGUGGCAGUGGUGGUCUCCUUCUGGUUCAGGAAUAGAUCAGACUUUCAUACUUCCUCCAGUAUAAGAGAGUGUGAGAACCUGCAGAGCCACCAUGCUGCCUUUCCUCAGGACAGAAGCUCUUACCUUGAACAGCUGCUUGGAGCUCGGCAGCGAGUCAGGUUUCUCCGUCUCGUGCGCCCGCCGACUCCAGCAGAGCUGAGGAAAACCAGAGGGAAGAAACGAAGAGAGAAACUGAUCCAGAACACUCUCAGGGAUCUGUCCGUCUGUGGCUCCAUGCUUCUCCUGAUGCUCUGCAUAAGUUAUGGCGGCUCAUUCACUGAUCAUUACCAACUCAAUGAAGCUGUCAGAAAACAGUUCACAAGGGGCCAUGAUAAUGCAUUCAUGUCCAUUCAAAAGCAUGAGGACUGGUGGCUGUGGGCGCAGAAGAAUCUCCUUCAUUCACUCUACAAGAAUUCAUCAUCCACUGUGCAGUCACACACCUUGAUUGGAGAGCCAAUCCUGUGGAGGGAGGAGUCAAGUGCUUUUCAACGCAAGGUCUCCAGUGUGACUCUCGUACCAGAGAGUCUUCUCUCUUUCUGGUCUGGGAGCAGAUCCUCUCACAAACAAACCAAAGACUCGGUGCCUCCAGGGACGUUUGGUCAGAGUGCUUCAGUCGGCUUAGGCCACACAAAGUCUGCUGCUGCGUCCAAACUGAAGCUCCUGCAGUCAGACGGCUGGCUGGACGGACAUACGGUCUCUCUCCACUUCACCUUGUUCAGCCCUGCACCAAACCUGUUCACCAGUGUGACCCUGCACACUGAGCAGAGCCCCCCCGCUGGCCUACUGCCCUCUGCCAGGGUCCAGUCAGUGGGGGGCUGUCACUCUCCUGCUGUGGGGGAAUAUGGUGUCAUGGUGUGCCAGCUCCUCUUCCUCGUCCUGUCUCUGCUGCAACUCUGUCGUCAAGUGUACGCUGUAGGGGAGCAAGGGCUGAUGGGAUACUGGAGGACUCCCUGCAACUGGCUGGAAGUCAGUUUGCUGACUGUGUAUUUAGUGUACUAUAUGUAUUACAUCUAUCGCUCCGUUAUCGUCCUGGAGGUUGUGGAGCUGCUGCACAAACACAGCUACAGAGGGCAUGUGGAUGUCAGCCUCCUGGCAACAUGGGAACAAUGUAUUCGAUCUCUGCGUGGCAUUACGCUCUUCCUCCUCACCAUGAAGUGUGUCACCGUGCUGAGAGUGAACUCCUCCGACUCACUCCUCACCCGCUCACUCUGCAGCCUCCUCUGGCCAACGAUUUCCUGUGUUAUCCUGAUGGUGGCGCUGUCCUGCGCGGGGAACAUCCUCUUCGUGCAAAGCUCCUCGUCUUUCAGCUCACUUCCCCGCUCCUUUCGGACGCUGCUCCGUCACUGCUGGGGUCUCCGGGCCCUCAGGGGCCUCCACCGCUCUGAGAGGGAUCUCCUUUACCGUGGACUCCUCUUUCUGUCCUCUGGGCUUCGGACAGCAGUGGUGAUAGGGGUGAUGUCCUCAUUAGUCAGAAGAGCCAAAAGAUCUGGAGGCAGGGGGAAUGUGCUGACCAUGGCAGAAUUAUCCCGCUACAUCAGGAGGAAGAUCUCUGAGGUCACCUGCCAGCGAAGACAAGCAUGGACUGAACAUCGUGUGGAGGGAAAGACGUAUUACUUUGAGGAGUUUGAAAGCUUAUUAGAUGAGCUUUUGUUCAGACUGAGCGCCCUCUCCAACAGUCUGCACCAAACUCUGCCCUCCAAAGCUCAUCGCUACCGAAAGGACAGUCCUGCCCUCUCACACACAAAGCGGAUCAACAUGCACGCACAGGACUUUGUAAGAACACAAGAAGAAACCCUACCUGCAUCUCACCUGCUCAGGUCCGAGCUUGAACUGAAGGACAUGCCGUUUCUGCAGCAGAGAAACCAAAGGGGAGGCUGUCCCUUCUCUGACGUUGUUGUGGGAUUGGAUAAUUCACAACAACCAGGAACAAGAGCCGGAGAAAACCCAAAAGACCAAGAGCUCCAGACUUAUUUAAAGACACAGAACUACCCGUCCCGCCCAGAUGAUGCAUGUAUCAUCAGGGUUUGGACCGAAGAUGUUCUGGAGAAGCAAAGUGAGCCAUGGACAGUAAUCAAUGAUACAACUCAGGCCCCACAGACUGAGAUGGUGGUGGAGGUGCUGGUCCACGAGGAGCCUGGAAGUGUAGAGCCAGAUCAAUAAGUGAUGGAGAUGUGGCUGAAAAUCUGCAAGUAUUACAAGACAACAAGAUCUACAAGGUCUGUAUUUUCUGUUCUGUUAAGAUUAACAACUGUAUGUGUAAGCAUGUAUUUUAUUUAAUGCAUCACAUUUGCCUAUAUCUGUUUUUAAAAGCAUUUUGACAAGCAAGUAAUUCUUGUCUAACUAGAUAUAGAAUAACUUAAGAGCUAUUUUUAUACUUGUUUUUAUUCAAAUGUCAAAAAUAAUAAACCAAUAUAUAUAAAUAAAUAUAUA